AUGGAAAUUGAGCAUUCAAACGACCCAUAUAUACAAAAAGAAACUAAUGCUUUUACAGUAUUUGUAGUGGUUGCUAUGUAUUUGGAUUUGGAAAAUGAAUAUGAACCAAAAAGGGUAUCAAGUUUUUUUUUUGGAAGAUGUGCCGAAUGCGGAAAAGAACGAAUCAGUGUAGGAUGGUGUAAUGAUUGUGAAAUUAAUUCUUUUAAACUAGACUUUGUAAAUUGGACAAGUGGUAAUCUUAAUAUUGAUGAUUAUAUUAAGUAUACUCAAUUAAAUGCAUCUGGAAGUGUCGAUUAUUUGGAAUAUAUCAAUUUUGAACAGCUCGACCUAAUAGAAAAUACGAAUAAAGGCGGAGACUUUAGUACGAUUUAUUCAGCACUUUGGUUGGAAGGACCUCGAUGGAUUUGGGAUGAAGAGGCUGAGCAAUGGACACAUCACACCUCAAAUUACAUGUUUGUUAUGAGAUAUUAUGACAGUGAAGACUUAUAUUCUUACCUUGAUAAACGUCCAGUAGCAUCUCAAUUAUAUGAAUUACUAGGAAAUUGGGUUACUGCUAUUUGCGACGAUCCUGAUUCUUCGGAUUUGUUCGACCAAUUUGAGCUUGCUGAAGAGAAAAAAAUUUCAUAUAUAAAAAAAUAUAAAUAUCAAGAAAUUCAUAGCCAAGCUGUUUAUAAAAGCAAACAUUUAUAUUUUUCUGAAUUAAAUUAUUCGAAUGAAUAUUAA